CUUUCUACAGAAUGAGUUCCAGGACAGCCAUAGUGGCCUCCUAUAGCGUCCAGGUGGUAGUUAGGAACAGUGAUGGUGGGUGUUGGCAAUUCUCCUUCCAGCUUCCUCUGUGCUGUGGGCCUCCUGGAAAAGAGAUCUGCCAUGGUUCAGUGAAUGAGGUGGUGGGGCCAUAGUUAUUUGUAUUUCUUAUGUCAAAACCUGUGCAGUUGCUGGGCAAGGUGCCACAGGCCUGUAAAUCCCAGACAGCAGAGGCACACAAAGUGUGAGGCCAUCCUGGGCUGCUACAUAGUUCAGGCCUUCAGGGUUAUGUACCAAAAUUCUAUCUCAAAACACAAACUGCUAGUGCAGGUCUGCAGGGUCUCGUUUAGUAUUCACCGGGUUAGGAGGUACAGUAAUGACCCCUCAAAAAAGUCUGCUUCUGAACUCUUCAAAUGGGAUUAAGGAUCCUAGUGAUGGGGAGGUUGUCCUGUACAAUCUUAUGGGCCUCUGUCACAUAAGUUCUUCAAAGUGGAGGACCAGUAUACAGACUUCCUUUGAGCCUCCAGUGAAGCCAGGCCUGCAACUUACAGCUGAUAAUAAUGUAAGGCUUUGAGCCUUUGGCUUAAAGCAAUGGUGAAAACAGAAGCCUGCAUUUUUCUCUUUUAUAGUGAGGAACGCUGUUGCAAGUGGCCAAACACUUUGCACUUAGAUCUGGAGAAAUCCAAGUUGGUACCUCCAGCUCCGGUGCCCAGCCUAUUCCUCCUUUCCUUGGGAAUGAGCAAGGUAAAACCCAUGCAUGCUUUGAAACAAAACCACAGCCUGCCAAAGGAAUCAUUGGCUAAUUCUGCAUCUAAAGAAAGCUCUCCAUCUUCCGAAGGCCAUGGGGAAAGAAAAGAAAAAAGCAGACAAAAAAGGAGAUAAGUCAGCCCGCUCUCCCUCUUCUAGUUCUGACUAUCCGGAAGGCUCUAAACAUGAUGGCAACACCAGUAAGCAGGAAGCACUCAACAGUUCCGUCAUCCCGGUACUGGAAAUGCCGCUCAGGCAAUCCAUCCCCAAAAGAGACUCGGCCAAUGCUUAUCAGAACGAGGAUGAGACUCAGUAUGAAGAACCCAUCCUGACGAAGCUCAUAGUGGAAAGCUACGAAGGGGAGAAAGUCCGUGGCCUGUAUGAGGGAGUAGGCUUUGCUGUCUUUCAAGGUGGAAACACCUACCAUGGUAUAUUUUCAGAAGGACUGAUGCAUGGACAAGGGACUUAUAUAUGGGCUGACGGAUUGAAAUACGAGGGAGACUUUGUGAAGAACAUCCCCAUGAACCACGGCGUGUACACCUGGCCAGACGGUAGCACGUAUGAAGGAGAAGUGAUCAACGGCAUGAGGAACGGAUUUGGUAUGUUCAAGUGCAGCACACAGCCUGUGUCCUACAUCGGCCAGUGGUGUCAUGGCAAGAGACAUGGGAAGGGCUCCAUCUAUUACAAUCAAGAGGGAACUUCCUGGUAUGAGGGAGACUGGGUAUACAACAUCAAAAAAGGCUGGGGGAUAAGAUGCUACAAAUCAGGAAACAUAUAUGAAGGCCAGUGGGAAAACAACAUGCGCCACGGGGAAGGCAAAAUGAGAUGGCUGACGACAAACGAGGAGUACACCGGCCACUGGGAGAAGGGGAUCCAGAAUGGCUUUGGAACAUAUACCUGGUUCCUAAAGAGAAUCCCCAACUCUCAGUAUCCUUUAAGGAAUGAAUACAUAGGGGAGUUUGUAAAUGGCCUCCGUCACGGACAGGGGAAGUUUUACUAUGCCAGCGGAGCAAUGUAUGAGGGAGAGUGGGUUUCCAACAAAAAGCAUGGCAAGGGCAGAAUGACUUUCAAAAAUGGACGUGUGUAUGAAGGGCUGUUUUCUAACGACCACAUCACCCAGAUCCUUGAACCUGAAAAUGACUUGACUCAAAGCCUGGACCGUCGGUCAGAAAGCUCCCAAAGGAGCCGGCAUCCGAGGGGAUCGUCCAUCAGCACUGCUAAGGAGCCUGAGACCCUGCGGAAGCUGGAUGGCAGUGAAAGCCAUUCUGUGUUAGGAUCGAGCAUUGAGCUGGACUUAAAUUUGUUGCUGGACAUGUACCCCGAGGAAACCCAAGAGGAGGAAAAGAAGCAGGUAGAGUUUGCAGUCCUAAGGAACAUUACAGAGCUAAGGAAGGUCUACUGCUUCUACAGCAGCCUCGGGUGCGACCACUCUCUGGAUAACACCUUCCUGAUGACAAAGCUUCACUUCUGGAGAUUUCUGAAAGACUGUAGGUUCCAUCACCACAAUAUAACUCUCGCAGACAUGGACAGGGUUCUGAGUGUCUAUAACACCAUACCAAUCGAAGAAAUCCAUUCUCCAUUUAGGACCAUCCUCUUAAGAACAUUCCUGAAUUACCUCCUGCAGUUGGCUUACCACAUCCAUCACAAAGAAUACCAGAACAGAAGCCCAUCACUCUUUCUAUGUUUUACAAAACUGAUGGCUGAGAACAUUCAUCCACAUGCCUGUCAGGUAAAAGGUCAUUUAUUCAGCGAGCAACAGCGGACGCUCUACUCAAUGAAUUACAUUGAUAAGUGCUGGGAGAUCUACACUGCCUACUGCAGACCAAGGGAAGCCCCGCCCUACGAGCUAACAAUGAAGAUGAGGUAUUUCCUCUGGAUGCUGAAAGAUUUCAGGAUGAUAAACAAGGAGCUAACUGCAACCAAAUUUAUGACUGUGAUAGCAGAGGAUAACCCUUUCGUCUAUGAUGGGUCUGACAGCAACUUUGAACAUGAGCUGGUUUUCCUGGAAUUCUUUGAGGCUCUUUUAUGUUUCUCGCUCUGCUGCACUUUUGACCGGAUGACCACCAGAUCCUACACAAAGGUCCCAUAUGGUGACAUUACAGCAAACCGAUACAGCAGCACCCACACAAUACUAAACCAGAGCGUCCACAGGAGCCCAAGUGCAAUCACAAGCCGUGACUCUGAUGUUCACUUCAGCAGCAACAAAUCAUCGUCAGACAAACUAGGAGUCUUGCCUGAGGGGAAAAUCAGGCAGUCAGAGACCAAGCUCAAAAAUUCCAUGAGUGAGGACAAAGUCUCCAAAAUGAAUCUCAAGCCUCAAGGAAGAGGACUGGUGUUCAUGUCUCUACAUGAUAAAUAUGAAAAAUCCAAAGAUGAACAGAAAGAGAAACUCAACGUAUGGGUGAACAACCUCUACGUCUUCUUUGUGAAUGUGCUCUUCAGCGCCUACAAACACGAGGAGAUGCUCAAGGAGAAAAUGAAGGAAAUCCGGCUCCAGGAAGCAGUGCUGGCUCAGCAGAGGCAGCUAGAGGAUGAAGAACUAGAAGCCAGGCUGAGCAUCCUCCGGGAAGAAGAGGCCAAGAGACAAGACUUUGAUGUUGACAUCACUGUGCUCAAGGAGCCGCUGGAGGCUCCAUCCUCACUGCUGCUCACACCCAGCCCUCCUAAAGAGGAUGUGGUCUCCACCCAGAGUAGCAAGGCCAGCCCUGGCAAGAAGAAGAAGAAGUGAAGGUACUGGGUGUCAUGGUUGAGCUGCAAGGACAAGCAGACAUGAAAGCUGUGACCAAUGUCCCAUACAAUAAAGUGUUUGCAGUUAGCU